GUCCAGAUGGCUUCCAGAUAUGUCCAGAGGGAGGUUAGAGGACAUCAAGAUGCCUCAGACACCCAUCUCCUCAGAGACCCCAGCUUCAUCACCCUGAGUGCACUCUCGCACAGCGCCUCCUGGUGGACGGACAGGGAGGAGCAAAGAGACCAUGGAGACUCACUCAGGGAGCAACUAAAAGAGAUGGAUGAGCAUGUCGCCAGGCUUCAGGACAUGUUGAAAUGUGAGCGAACAAAGUGCUCUCGCUUGCAGAUGCGAUGUAACCAGCAGGAGGUGGAACUAAGGCGAAAAGAGCAGAACUGUAACAGGCUGAAGGAGAGACUAUCCCAGUUCACUGACAGACACAGAGAUAAAGGCCCCUCGAUAGAGGUGUUGAACUUUCUCCCUGGGGUUUACGGCAAAAGACAACAGCCAGUCAAAUCAGUCAGGUCCAAGGCAAACAAACAAGAAGAAGCAGCACUACGGUUAAUGCUGGAGCGCAGAGAGGCAGAGCUCAGAGAGGCAAUGAAGCUGCGACACAGCCUCACCACUUUACUUCAUGCACUCAGAGGCAACAUGCAGCAAGUGAGGAAAGACAGAAGUCGACCUUCAAACAAUGACAUUCAGGAUGAGGCCCAAACUUUGGACAGAGAACUGGAUGAAACUGAGGCUGCGCUCGGUGAUCAUGUGACUGGGGGCGUGGUUCAGAGUUGGAGAAAGGUGCAGAGAGACUGUGCCAAAAUUAUUUCUGAAGGUAAAACACAUGUCGGUACAGACCAGGAUAAACUCUUGACUCAACUAGAAACUGAACUGAAGCAAAGUCAACAACUUGUCCAACUGCAACAGCACCUUCUGCAAGAUAGCCUUGGAUCAGCUGUCCCCUGUGAACUGGCUGACUCCUAUUUUUUGGAGGAGUGGGAUCGUCUUCAGGCACGCUGGGCAGAGCUGGACAAUCACAGGCGGACUUUUGAGAAAGAACGGCAGGCCUUCACUGACGCCGCUAUCCGCCUGAGCCAUGAGCGCCAGGAUUUUGAGCAGCAGAAGGCCUCUUUCAUAAAGCAUCAGUAUCUGUGUGACUCCCCUCUGUUUGUUGAAGCAGCACAAACAGGAGACAACAGAACAGACGUCGCCGCUCUCAAUUUCUCAGGUUUUGGCAUGUCAGGCUGCCUCCCCAUCUCUCCGUCGUCCACUGCCUCCGGAACCACCGUCGAUUCAGGACUAAACCAGAGAAAAGUCACAUUUCCAACUCCUAGCACUCCUGAGCUCUACUCUGCUCUCAAUCUAUCUUACAACUGCAGAGUCAAUGAGGAUGAUCAUAUGUCGGAGACAUGGGACAGUGGGACAGAUCGGAUUGUUCACACACCCCACACUCCACCACUGGACUUGUCCUUUUAA